GCGGCGGCGGCGGAGGGCACAGCGGGGGCCGCCGCGGCCGCAGCGUGGCGGCGAUGGAGCCGUGGAAGCAGUGCGGGCAGUGGCUGAUCAGCUGCAAGGUGCUGCCGCCCAACCACCGGGUCACCUGGGACACGGCCCAGGUCUUCGACCUGGCGCAGACGCUGCGCGAUGGCGUGCUGCUGUGCCAGCUGCUCAACAACCUGCGCAGCCACUCCAUCAACCUCAAGGAGAUCAACUUGCGCCCGCAGAUGUCCCAGUUUCUUUGCUUGAAGAACAUAAGGACUUUUCUUUCGGCAUGUUGUGAAAUAUUUGGGAUGAAGAAAAGUGAACUUUUCGAAGCAUUCGAUUUGUUUGAUGUGAGAGACUUUGGAAAGGUGAUAGAAACACUCUCAAAACUUUCCCGCACUCCUAUUGCAAUCGGCACAGGAAUAAGGCCCUUCCCUACAGAAGAAAGCGUUGAUGACGAAGAUGUCUACAAAUGUCUCCCUGAUUUGAUAGAUGAAACUGGUGUUGAUGAAGAUGAGGAGCUCUAUGAUUGUGUCUAUGGAGAAGAUGAAGGUGGGGAGGUUUAUGAAGACCUAAUGAAAGAUGAAGCAGCACAGCAACCUAAACAUACUGAGAAUGAUGUAAGAAGUUGCUGUCUUGCUGAAAUAAAACAAACUGAAGAGAAAUACACUGAAACUCUGGAAUCAAUAGAGAAAUUUUUUAUGGUGCCAUUGAAAAGGUUUUUGUCAGCAUCAGAGUUUGAAACUGUUUUCAUCAACAUUCCUGAUUUGGUGAAAAUUCAUAGGAGUCUAACACAGGACAUCAGUGAUUCCAUUAUUAACAAAAACGAUCAGAACUUGUAUCAGAUUUUUAUUAGCUACAAGGAGAGACUGGUUAUUUAUGGACAGUACUGCAGUCAAGUGGAAACAGCCAUAUCAUGCUUAGACAACAUUUCUAAGACAAAAGAAGAUGUUAAGUUGAAGUUAGAGGAAUGUUCUAAGAGGGCCAACAAUGGGAAAUUUACUUUGCGAGAUCUUUUAGUGGUUCCAAUGCAAAGAGUGCUAAAAUACCACCUACUGCUCCAGGAGCUGGUAAAGCACACUACAGAUCCCCUGGAGAAAACAAAUCUAAAACUGGCGCUUGAUGCAAUGAAGGACUUGGCUCAAUAUGUAAAUGAAGUGAAGAGAGAUAAUGAAACGCUCCGUGAAAUUAGACAAUUUCAGCUAUCAAUAGAGAAUUUGAAUCAUUCCCUCUUACAGUAUGGAAGACCUCAGGGUGAUGGGGAAAUAAGGAUAACUACAUUAGACAAACGUGCGAGGCAAGACAGGCAUAUCUUCUUGUUUGAUCUGGCUGUAAUUGUUUGCAAACGGAGAGGUGAUAAUUACGAAAUGAAGGAAAUAAUAGAUCUUCAGAAAUACAAAAUUACAAAUAACCCCACUACUGAUAAAGAAAAUAAAAAGUGGUCUUAUGGCUUCUACCUCAUUCAUAUCCAAGGUCAAAAUGGUUUAGAAGUUUAUUGCAAAACUAAAGAUUUGAAGAAAAAAUGGCUUGAACAAUUUCAAAUGGCUCUGUCAAACAUACGACCAGAUUAUGCAGACACAAGCUUUCAUGAGUUCAAAAUGCAUACUUUCAGUCGUGUGACAUCUUGCAAAGUCUGUCAAAUGCUUCUUAGGGGAACAUUUUAUCAAGGCUAUUUAUGCUCUAAGUGCGGAGCUGGAGCGCACAAAGAAUGUUUAGGAAGAUUAGACAAUUGUGGCAGAGCUAAUUCAGGUGAGCACGGGAACCUGAAACAUGAGAAACGAACGAAUGGAAUUAGAAGGAACUCCAGACACGUGGACCCAGGUUUACCAAGAAUGCAAGUAAUUCGAAACUACAAAGGAAUACCGCAACCAGCGCCACAGGAUGGUCCACCAUUACAUAUCCAGAUUGGGGACACUAUUGAACUGAUUACAGGCGAUGCCCAUAGUUUAUUUUGGCAGGGCAGAAAUCUAACGACAGGAGAACUGGGCUUCUUCCCAAGUGAUGCAGUAAAGCCUAGCCCAUGUGUUCCUAAACCAGUUGACUACUCGUCGCAACUGUGGUUUGCAGGAGCAAUGGAAAGAUUGCAAGCAGAGAGUGAACUUAUUAACAGAAUAAAUAGCACUUACCUGGUGCGACACAGGACUAAAGAGUCAGGAGAAUAUGCAAUUAGCAUUAAGUACAAUAACGAAGUGAAACACAUCAAGAUUUUAACACGAGAUGGCUACUUCCACAUUGCAGAAAAUAGAAAAUUUAAAAAUUUAAUGGAACUUGUAGAUUACUAUAAGCACCACUCUCUUAAAGAAGGCUUUCGAAGUCUGGAUACUACACUUCAAUUUCCAUACAAAGAAUCUGAAAACUCAGUGGGACAGAGGGGUAACAGAGCAGGUGGCAACUUGCUAAGUCCAAAGGUGAUAGGCAUUGCCAUUGCAAGGUAUGACUUCUGUGCGAGAGACAUGAGAGAACUAUCCUUAUUGAAAGGUGAUGUUGUAAAGAUUUAUACGAAAAUGAGUGCAAAUGGCUGGUGGAGAGGUGAAGUAAAUGGAAGGGUGGGCUGGUUUCCAUCUACUUAUGUUGAAGAAGAUGAAUGAAUUAAACUUUUCUCUGCUGACCAGGAAUUUCAGGGAUUGUAGAAUUUAAUAACUUCAAGCAUUAAUGGUCUUGUUAAGUACUUAGGCAGCAGCAUUUUGUCUGUCUGAACCUUCUAGUCUUAUUGUUGGGAUUUAGAAAGAACUUUGUGUGAACAGAUUAUUACCUUGCCCAGAGCUGUGCAAGAAACAACCUGCCACUUUGCUGUCACUGGGGAUCAGUACAAAGUCAGGUGCUCACCUUCCCAGAAGAUUUCAGGAAAACAAAUUCCUUUAUUCUGUUUUUCUGUUUUUCACCCUGUACUACACCAUGAAUUGUAGCUAUGGCUGAAUGUUUAAUAAGUCUAUUUUCUUCUAGCUAACAUCUGUGAUGAUAUGAGGAGAUGAAGGCUUAUUAUUCCUUAUCACUGUAUGCAGAAAACAUAGUUCAGUCAUUCAGGUGGACAUGAAGUGUAGUCAGUAGAUUUUUCAAAAUAUCAAACUGUCUUACUUAUCACCUUGUAAACAGUUAUACACUAAAAAAAAACAUUCUGAAGUAAAUAUGAAUUUUGUAAGCGAGAGUAGCAUAUAUGCAUGUGUAAUUAGUUAACUGAAUUCUUAAAGGUUUUGCCUAAAUCUUCAAACAAUUUGUUUAAAGAAGUCAUUUCUAAAAAGUUUGGUAACAUGAUAACGCUUGAAAAAUUAUCUGCAAAGUGGAAUUCUGGGUUUGUUCUUUGUCUUCUCAGCUUUAUUAUUUUAGCAACUGAUAAUUUAAGUGAAACCUGAGGGCAAUUAUGACAAGAGUCAUUUUAAAAUUGUAAGAAUUAGCAUUAAAUAAAUAUUGUAAUUCUAUUGUGUAGCAGGAUAUACUGAUGCAGGAUGAUUUCAUUCCUUGAGAACAAAAUUGUAUAUCUUAAUCUCUUGGAUGAUUCAUAUGAAUUUUGAUGCUUCCAACUACAAGCUGUUUUUCCUGGUUAGACAGGAGCUUCUAUUCCUACUAAAAUCACCUUUUGUGCUCUUAGAAGUUAAUGCAGAAGGAACUUGCAGAGUUCAGCGUGCCUGUUCCCCUCUUGUUUCCUGGGAUGUUAAUGGCAGUGCAGUGAGUGAUCUUGUUGCAGUGUUAUGAAUAUCCUUAAGUAAUAGUGGAAACCAGAUUAGUUAGCUUGAAAGAUCAGUCCUCAAAGUGGCAUCUGCCCCUUUGUGGGGCAGUUUUUUAAGGUAUUUAUGGAGUGUCAGAAGUGCUUUAAGUUAAAAGAAAUGUGAGUGAUGCCUUCGGAUUUACUGUUUGUAAUAUUUAGAUCAUUUCUAACUCAUCUUGAAAACUUCAGAGAAAGUGAAGCUCCUUCUUUGCUUCUUCCUGGCCUCCUGGCCAUCAUGAAGAACCAAGCACAGCACAGAAGAUCACAGUAACUCCCCUCCUCUCUGCAACCAUCAUAUCCAACUGUUACACCUAGCACAUUCUGUUAUGUGACCAGUUAUAAGUGAGGAUCUCCUAAUUAGAAAUCCUCCACUUGUUAGAUUCAAUUUUGCAGAUGGAACUCUGCUGAUGCUCUUAACUUUUCAAGGAUUUACCUCAAAAUUAUGUAAACUGUGAUUAUGUUAAGUACAUUUCUUGAUGGAACAAUUCAGAGUGAUUGUAAAUAUGUACAUUAUGCAUAAAACAUUUUGUAAAUGACCUGUACAGCAGUGUAGACUGGGAUAUACUGUGUUUGAUCAUGUCUUGUCAUGCAGUUUUAUUGUCAGUUGUGAGUCUGAUCCUAUGUUCCCUAAGUAGACGAAGUUGAUGCACAGUUUUGCCCUCUCAAGGGCUAGAGAAAUGGGCUAUAGGCCUGUGAGGUGUUUAGUGCUUUGCUGUCAUACAGUUUUGAGAAGAAGCAGUUUAAUUCAGUGAGUUAAGAAAUGCAUCAGUCAUUCUGGACAGCUUGGAUUUAGAAUCAUUUUGAGUAUUCCCUCCAUCCUAAAAUUGCUGUAAAGCCUUUAAGUAAUUCCUGAAUCCAGUAAUCAGCCUAUGAGAACAAUGAAAGCCAUAGAUAAACUUGCUUUUGUGGCAUAAAUCUAUGUGUUAUUGUCUAUGUUUAAUGCCCUGUAUUAAUUGAGUUAAUGCUGCAUCUUAAACUAUAUUUUCAGUACCAAAGACUUCUAGAUAUUCUGGAUAUUUCAUGUACUUCUUUUGCUUGUAUGGAGGUUUUGUUGUCAUGCAAUGCUGAUGUUACCGUACUUUAAUUUGUAACAUUUUGUAAAUAUGUUAAGUAUAAUAAACUGGUCAAUUUGUUUUUUUGAGUGUGUGUCAAAAUAAGUAGCUGACUAGUAUGAAGUUUGCGUUCCUUUUGCCUCACAUUCUUCUCAUGGCAAGCAGAAAUUGAUAAUAUUAUUUUGGUUUCCCAGAUCUGUAUAAUCUUAGUUUAGUUGUGGGACUGAGCUGUCAUUGUAAAUGGGUUGUUAUUGGUUUCUUUUCAUAGCUGGAAUAAUUUGUCUACUGGCACAUCAAGACAAAUGGAGUGUUUUGUUUGUGUUUAACUAUAGGGAACAUUGUGAAAUCAGUCAUCUGCUAUUGAUUUUUAUCUAUUAAAGCUGAUAACUUGUAGUAUUUGACUGAAAAAAAAAAACUGAAAUGGGUCUAUGAAGUUUCCUUUUACGUAUCAUGCUUCUUAGAAAUGUCUUUCCUAUUUCACCUUUUUUUUUUUCUUCUGCAUUUGUCAUAUAUGGAUUAACAUACAAAUUCUGGUUGAAUUGAGCUCUAAUCUUGAAAAUAAUCUGUGUUUACUUUCAUGGGCUACUUGAAAGUCUUAGCAGUGUAAUCCAUUCAUACGUUAUUUACAAUAUAAAAAUUAUAGUGUUUACGUAGGUAUUUCUGCACAGGUGAAGUAAUUCAGCAAGGUCAGUGAUGAUACAAUUUCAAUGUUGCUUCAUUGUGCUACUUCUGUUUUUCAGUAGCAAGUCUUUUCUUAUGGAACUACCUUUCUAACAGAUAAUUAUUGAACUUAAUGAGGCAUUUACACGUCUCUACAGAUGUAAGGCAUAAUUUUCCUGUCAGCCAUGAACAUGUCACAUAACUGAGCCACACCUAAUGAAAGAUGCAAAAAUGUUUCUCAAUUAAAUUCUCUUGUUAACAGUAUUGCACUCAGUCACAGAUCUUCUCCUUCCCCUUUUAUGUGAGAAGGAUGCAUCCUCUGACGGGUGAGAACUGCAGUUAGGGUACAAGAACCACUUAUGACUGGGUACUGGUUGAAUUUUUCAGUUGUGAGUCUUGGAAACUCACUUGAAAAUCUCAAUUUGACAAAAAAGAAAAACAACAAAAAACAACAACAGAAAAAAAAAAAAAAACCACAAUGGAAAUUAUGUUAACCUGUUAACCAGAAUAUGUUUCUCCUCUGCCUCCCAGGCUAACUCUAGAUGUUCUCUGCAAGAGAAGAUAAUGUCAGUUAUAACAGUUUUAGUAGCUCAUAGAAUUAAGGGAGAGGUACUGUCUUUAAAAAUAAUAAAUAAAAAUGUUUGUUCUGUUGACUUCAAUGUUCAGUGCAAAAACAUUUCCUAAUUCACAAUCAAUAUUUUGAACUAUUUUGAAAAAGAAGUUGCAAGUACAGUAUAGUUUAUGCGCUGAUGCUGUCAUGCAGAUCAACUGAACUGUAUUGACACUACAGUAGAAUCAUAGAACCUGAAGGUAAGCACUACACAGCUCACUUUCUUUACAGUGGGACAGGGCAAGAAUAAAAAUGAGAACUUGUAUGCAAAUGAAAAUAGUUUAAUAAGGAAAAGAGAAAUGGUAAAACAAAAACAAGUGACACAAAGCCAAUCGCUCACCAUCUUCCAACAGGAGACUGAUAUCCAGUCAGUUCAGAAGCAGAAGAGAGCUAACCUCCCAAAAACUUUUUCUGUUUUCUUGCUGGACACGUUAUUAUGUAGCAGGAAUAUUUCUUUGGAUAAUUCUGGUCACCUGCUUGGUUGUGUUCCCUCCCAGCCUUUUGUACACCCCUGAUCUAUUCACUGGGUGGGGGGUGAGAAACAGAGAGUCUUGAUGCUGUGAAAACACUGUUGAGCAGUGGUUAAAAUACUUCUUUUGACUCUUUUGUUUACAGAUCUAAAAACAGCAUCCUAUGAGCUGGUAUGAAAAAAGCGAACUCCAUGUUAUCCAAUAUAUCAGGUAUAAAAGUAAAAUAAUGAGUAAACCAGGAGAUACUAGGUGUACAUGGAAUCUGUGGUAUUUUAGCAAGCUACGAUAGUAUCUGUUUUUAGUAAAUUCAGCAAGGAUCAUUUCUCAUGCACAACAUCAAAACUUUUUACCUCUGCAUUUCAGAGGAACAAAGAAGUUAAUACAUUAACUAGCCUUUCUUGAAAUGAGUCAUGAGAUUUUAGCUCUUACCUAGGUAAGGGAGAAGUAGUUUGGAGUAAUUUUGAUUUCAUAAAGCUAUGGGAUAAGAGGUUAAUGGUAUGUACUUUUUCACAAUGCUGAAGUGUGUGAUGCAUAUAUAAUUAAUAAUAGAAAUAUAGAAAGGAUUAAGCAUCAGAAAUUGACUGCAGAAGGGUGAUUCACUUAUGCUUUAUUUUAGCAACUUCCUUCUCAAGAACAAAGAGCAGUUUGUUUUCAUAGCAAAUCAGAUUUGAGUUACUAAUUUAGUUUUUUAAUUCCUGAUCUGAGUAGUUUAUUGUCCAUUCAUUAUGAGGCUCUCUGCUGCUUUACAUGAUUAUGAAGUUAGAUUUCAUUUUUCCUGUAAUGUUUGAGCUGUUAGUGACUUUCUCUGUUACAGUUUUUUACUUGCCAAUGUGCUUUUCAAAAAAUAUGCAGUUCAUUUUAGAAUGUUGCAUUAUUACCUUAAGUAAACAUAGUAUUACAAGAAAUGAUAAGUUUGGAGGUGGCUGUUGGUCACGGGGCAUAAAGCUGUUUUGUUUCUUUAGUAACUCCAUCCUUUAAUAUGAAACCUUAUGACUGUAGGAAAAACAGAGAAGAUCAGUGAAUAAGAAAUAAAGCGUUGAUACCAUAUUAUGUGUGUUAGGAGGAGCCUGUUGUGUGAUCAAUUCAUAAAAUUCAUUAAAAAUUGCUCAAAAUAUUAAAUGUUUGAUGAUAGCAUUGGAUUGGAAAAAAAACUUUUUCGUUACUUUUGUACUGGAAAGCUUUGCUGAUGCAGCAGAGGGAUCAAGCACAGUUGGACUUAGUCCCGCUCCUACUAGAGAACUCGAUAAAUUUUUCUUCAAUUAGUUUUAUUUUUUCCCCAAAGUAAUUAUGUCUUCCUCAAGGAAAUGCAGUAUUGUUCCUAGGAUUCUAAUUCUUACUCAUGCAUAAGUCUAAUGGAAACAUGUAUAACUGAAGCAAAGUUUUCUCAGUAGUUUUGCAAUCAGUCUGCUGGUAUCCUGUCAGCUGAAAUGAGGCAGGAGGCCUCCAUACGGCUGAGUUGCUAGGUAAUGUACAAGCAGCUUUCCUACCUACUCUCACAGAUAUUUCUUUUUUGCUUUUUUCUUUUUUUCUUUUUUUCUAAUGCAAGAGAAGGGAAUGCUUACUAGAGGAGUUGGAGGCCAUUUUAUUCUCUUGGUUCUGAAUAUAGCGUUGUUAAACUUGGAGUGCUUUGUGUUUGUGGUGGAUGAAAGAUAAAACUGCCUGGAACUGUGUGUUCUGUUAAGUUCUGGGUGUGGCUCUUUGGUGUCAUCAAAAUUGUUUAGAUGAAAGAGCCUUUGAAUGUAUUGUGCUCUAAUAUGGAGGUUUUGCAUAAUAUUUUCAGGAAUAGUUCCAACUAGAAGACGCAGUGGCAGGUUUCCUAUUCUUAUUUUAUUUAAAGAAUGAUCUGUUGCUUCUCUAGUUGUAUAGCAUAUCCAGUUGGAUCAGGUAGAGACGAACUGAAAUAUUAGAAUGCUUAUUGCUUUUGGAAUCCAUAUAGCAUUACAUUUUUUCUAGAUAGUGAGCUUUGGAAAAUCAAGCUUCAGUAAUUUAAAGAUGAUCCAGUUAAAAUUUUUCUAUCUUUGCAACUUUCAUUCACACUUUCAGGGAAUGUACACUUUUUUUUGACAUUGUCCGAAUGUGGAAAUUCGGGCAGAGACUUCCUGCCACUAGAGCUUGAUUACAACUCCUCAGACUUAUAGAAUAUUAAAAAAGAAUAAAAAACAAAAAACAAACAAACAAAAAAACAAAAAAAACAACUAAACAAUAAAAAAAAAUAACCCUACAAAUGUGCAAAGACCCUUUAAUAUUGUAUCUUCGGUAGUAAGCCAGUAAACACACAAACAGGUACCCAAAGGAUUUGUAUUGAAAAUAUUGCCAGUCAUGUUCUCUCUUUUCCUCCUACUGCAAAAUGCUGUAGGGCAUUAGGAAAAAAAACCCAUUGUCUCCUUGUUUGACUUCUUGUAGAUUAAUAAUAACCAUGUCAGCUCUUGGUGGAGCAUCCUUUCUCUGCAUUUUAAAUAUGUAUGCGCAGAUACAAUGGUUUAUCUCCUAAAUGCAUCUGAUUUGAGUUCUGAUUUUUGGAUUGUUAUAAGUAUUUUGUAGUUAUCAGUUAAAUAAGUCAGUAAGCACAGAAAAGAACUGUAGCCCAAAUAAUAUGCAUCUAGGCAAUAAGACUCAUAAGGCUAGAUAUUUUCUCUUUUGGCCCUCUGUUAGUAAUGCACUGUGAAGAGCAAGAAGCUUUACUUGAAUGUCACUCUAAUUGCUAAAAGUAUUCAGCAAAACAUUUAUUAGAGAAGGAUUACUAAGUAAUAUUUAAUAGGAAUCCAUAACCUGUUCUCUUGGCUGAUAUUUGGAGCUUAUGUUAUGGCUGCUAUGUGAAGAACAUUGUAGUCAUUGAAUCUCUUGUAUUGGUGGUUGCUUAUAUUGGAGCAGGUGUUGAUAAGUCUUUGUGUAGCACUAUUCUGCAAAAU